UUCGCAGCCGUUGUCGAUACGUUACUCUUGAGAAGUUACUUAGCAGUUCAUAGUACGAUUUUCAACUUUGAAAUCUACUGAGUUUCUAGAGAAGUUAUUUAUCUUAGAACCACAAGCAAAAGUUACAAUGGAGUCCAACCAGCGUACAAUCGAAGAAGUUGCAUCCGACAACAUCGUUGAGAGGGAAGUACAGCCACCAAAGCCACCCAAGCGCAAGAAGAAGAUGUCAUUUGCAGUCUGGUGGGCACUGCACGCAGCUGAGGAGCUUAAGAUGUCAGCUGAAAAUAUGGAACAGCAGGACUCUUCGUCGGUGAUUGAAAAUAAAUCGAGCACCAAAGCACUGGAAAAAGUAAAUCAAAAAGGGGAUGGACAGUCACCUGAAAGUGAGUCCAAUGAGAACAACCAGGAACCACUUAAAACCUGUUCGGAGGAACAUGUCCCUAUUGAUCAAGAGGUUUCUGCAGGUAAUAUUGAAAAGCAGAAUGAUUCACUGGUCAGUGCAGAAGAUUCCAUCGCUGGAGUGCAGGAGACAGUCAACAUAGUAGAGAAAGAACAGCCUUCCAAGUCUGAGGAACAGCCACCAAAGAGGAAGCGCAACAAGAAGAAAAUGAUUCCAUUUCACAUCUGGUUGGAGAAACAUGCCCCCACUGACGUAAAGACUUCAGCUGAACAUACUGAAAAAGAAGACGAUUCACUGGUUCCCGAACAGGAAUCGAUCUCCAUACUGGAGGAGAAACCAGAGCAGGAAGAGUCCUCUAAGACCAGCACUGAAAAUGUUAUCCAUCAGGACACUUCUCUGCCUGAAGAAGGUGAUCAGGAGGAUUCCUUUACGACGGAGAUUUGCAAAGACAAACUUGUUAGUUUUACAUCAGAGCCAGUCACUGAAAAGAAAUCCGUCACAGAACAACAGAAGAAAGUCGACCAGAAAGGGGAAAAACAGUCAAAGCGCAUCAAGAAGACGCCGCUGUUGUGGAAAUCUUUCCCUGAGACUGAUGCUUGCAUAGAUCUAACGUUUUUUUGUGAAAACAGUGACAUCAACGGUAUUCUGUCUGAAAAUCAAAGUCAUCAGGCAGGUUUGCUCAGCAGCGAAAAAAAGACAUUGUGGAAAGUGCUCCCAAAGUCUGAACCUUGCAUAGAUGUAAGUUUUUUUGCUCAGAAUAUUGAGACCCACACUGUGAUUUCUGCAACAGAGCCGGUGACCGAAAAUAAAUCUGUCACAGAAACACACAAGAAAAUGGACCAGAAAGGGGAAAAACAGCCAAAGACUAAGCGCAAUAAGAAGACGCCACUGUUGUGGAGAUCUUUCCCCCAGUCGGAUGCUUGCAUCGAUUUAACGUUUUUUACUAAAAACAGUGAUAUCGAUGAUGGUCCUCUGCCGGAAAAAGAAAAUUAUCAGGAAGCUUUUUCCAGCAGUGGAAAAAAGCCAUUGUGGAAAAUUUUCCCCAAAUCAGAACCUUGCAUAGAUAUAAGUUUUUUUGCUGAGAACAUUGAAACCAAAAAUGUUUCAAUGCCGGCCGAAGGACAUGAUGACAUAGCUUCCUUGAAAAAGAAAAAUUAUUCCGAGAAUACUGUAAUUUCUACAACACAGCUGAUCACCACAGAAGAAUCCAUCUUGAAACAAAAGGAGACACUGGAUCAAAAAGGAGAGAAACAUCCAUCUCUGGGAAAACCCAUGGACAACAUCCAAACUGGGAACUUAACUGAGGUUCCUGUUGAUAAAACAGAAGAAAAGAUUCAAGGAGAGGGUUUAACCGAAAUUCAGAAUUUGCCUCACUCUCCAGAAAAUACAAGUCAAGCAAAACGGGCUGAUGAAGAUGAUGAAGAGGAAGAGGUCAGCUAA